UUCCGAUAAUUUGUGCAUCGAUACGUAAAAAAUACACUUUGCGUUUGAAAGAAAUGCCGCAAAGUUUGAAGGCAAAAUUUUUAGAAAUACCUGCAAAAUCAACUACAGUGAAGGAAAAAAAAAAAUGUGAUAAAAACCAUUUAAAAAGUGAUAGAGAAUCAAAUUACACCUAUUUCGAUAGCUAUAAGCCAUUAUCUGAUGAAUUUUUAUUAAUGUACAUAUCAAAAAAAGUGUCUGAUGUUAAUAAGCAUCCAGAAAUUUUAAAACGUAUAAAGGAAAAUAAACAACCACAUAAAAGACAGUCGGGAAUAGAAAUAAUAUCAAUAGAAACGAUUGUGCCACCAAAUAUUGAAAAUGAAAUAACAUUGGAUGAACAAUCGCCAGUCAUACCUGAAGAAAACAUGGAAAUAUUCAAUAAGUUGUUCGAUCCAAUUCCUUUGAAAUGUACUUUAUCCUAUGUACUUCGCGUUUCUUUUGGUCCAAAACAAUCUGUUCUGCGCACAUUGAUGCAUAUAUUGUUCGAAGAUUUCUGCAAGUUCACAAAUAUUUAUCAAUUGUCUAAUAUUUAUAAUGAUAAACUAAAACUAUUCAAAAUUUAUGAAUCCACGAUUAAAAAAGAAAUAUGGCCGUUUAAUUUAUAUAUGCGCAUAAGUGAUAUUUUCCUUUAUUUACUGUUAAAUGAUGUAAAGCUUGAUUUAAGUGAUUUACAACAUAUAUCACCAAAGUUUUUACAUUGGAGUGAUCUUGCAGUGAAUACUGAUUUUAAUGAAAUUGUACAAGAUUAUUUUAAUAUGAAUGGAGAGCGCAUUGAUGGUGAUGAACAGCUACAAAUUUCUUGUGAAAGUUUUUAUACUCGUUGCUGGAAUGAGGACGAUUGGAUAUGGAAAAUACCCAAAAUAACUAAUAAUUCGAUCCAAGAGAUGUUAAUUAAUGUUACUAAAGCAUUAUCUGAUGAAGAUGCAGAACAGUGGACUGUUGAGAAGAAAAAUGUAAAGGGCUCAUAUAUAUCACUGGAAAAGUAUCUAAAUGAAAAUUCGGAAUAUCAUAAUCACACAGAACUGGUUGAAACGUCUUCCAGUAUCACAAAUCGUUCCUUGAAAAUUACGGACAAUGCAUCUACAAUCUUUCAAAGUACCAAUAACGAUGGAGCAUGUAGUGUUGAUGUUUUGCUUUCAUCACAGACUCAACCUCAGGAAGACCCAGUCUGUAUGUCAUACAAAGCAAAUACAUCAAAUCCUAAUAACACAGGUAUUAAAUUUCAAUCAGCUGUUGUUAUAUGUAUAUCAAUUAUUUCAGUAUAUUUCCGACCAGAAUUAUUCAUUGUAUCAUUGCUCUCAGUGUAUCGCUAUCUAUUUUGA